AUUUCUUGUAUUCUUGUUGAUACUUGGCGAAUAAAUUCUGAUGAAAUGAGAGCAGCUAUGAAGACGAUGAAGAGUGGAAAGGCAGUUGGUCCAGAUGACAUUCCAGUGCAGGCAUGGAAACGUCUGGUUUCUAUUGUUGAGAACAAGGGUAAUGUGCAGAGCUGUAGUAACUACAGAGGCAGAAAGUUGAUCAGCCACAACAUGAAGUUAUGGGGAAGAGUAUCAGAAUGAGACAUUCUCUUAAAUCCGAAGAAUAUAGUUGCUGGCUGUGACUGGGACUGAUUCCUGUUGGGAAUAAUCCUUACAAGCAUCUUUCCCGACGCAGAGAGCAGUGGAAUACCCAAUCCGGGCCAUCAUCCUUUCAGUCCACCAGAUGGCGACAGUGCACUCCAACCUUUUGGGAAAACUUUACAUUUUUUUUCACCAAAGAAGAGGUGCAGCUACUGACCUGACGCGCUAAAAUAUUUUUUCUUUUUAAUUUUUUUGUUUUUAAAGUGCUUCUUUUUGCUCAAAUGUGACGACUUUUCUUCGCGAGCGGUGUGUCGCGGUUCUCCCGCCCCGUGACUGUUUGUCGGACAGAAAGCGGUCGCGAUGUGAAUCAAUGGCGCUUUAAAAACACCGAGUCUAAGGUUUAUAAGUUCCGCCGUCGUGUCGUUCGGCUUUGAACACGCAGCGUGAAUCAGUGUGGCGGUCAUGUCCCGGUCCAGCCGGCGGUACAAGCCUCUUCAGGCGGGCAGUGGCUCCUGCUCCGGCUGUGACCGGCGGAGGAUGCCCCGAGCCCGUGUUCUGCUGCUGUGUCUGCUCGGGGUUCUGGUUCUGGCGGUGGUUCUGGGGAUCUACCUGUCCAACGACGCCAUCAGCGGCGGACCCGUCAGCCGCAUGCCUGCUGCAGACCUGAGCAGAGACAGGUUGUCCCACAAACCCACUAAGUCUUCUACAGCACAAAUUCGCCGUCUGGCAUCUUUGGUGGACGGGACUCGUUUAUGGGAAACUCACUUGAGGCCCAUCCUCAUCGAGAGGCUCCCUGGAACACAGGGCAGCUUCACCGUACAGCAGCACAUCAGGUCCACACUGUCUUCACUCUCUGCUGGCUGGACUGUUGAUCUAGAUUCCUUCCAGUCACCAACCCCUCGUGGUCAGGUCACUUUCACCAACAUCAUUGCAGCUCUGGCCCCGUCUGCCCCACGCAGGUUGGUCCUCGCCUGCCAUUACGACUCCAAGGCCCUGCCUCCAGACUCCCGGGCCCCAGGGAAGGUAUUUCUGGGGGCCAGCGACUCUGCAGUGCCCUGUGCUAUGAUCCUUGAGCUCGUCACUUCUCUGGAUGCUCAGCUUCGAUCAUUGAAACAUCACAAACUUCCAGUAUCUCUCCAGCUCGUAUUUUUCGAUGGCGAGGAGUCUUUUGAGGAAUGGACAGACACAGACUCGUUGUAUGGGUCCCGUCACUUGGCUGAGCGAAUGGCGAACACGCCUCACCCUGCAGGCUCCACACACACCAGCAUGCUGCAGGCCGUGGAUCUCUUGGUGCUGCUUGACCUGCUCGGUGGUCCUGAUCCUCUGAUUGUGAAUCAUUUUGAUAACACAGAUCGAUGGUUUGGCUGUCUCAUUGAUGCAGAGAAACGACUGCAUCGAUUGGGUCUGUUGGCGUCCCACCCCUCAGAGCAGACCUACUUCAGGAAGGACGUGUAUCUCGGACCUGUCCAGGAUGACCACAUCCCCUUCCUACAUAAAGGUGUGCCUGUGCUCCAUGUCAUUGCCACGCCCUUCCCGCAGUUUUGGCACACGUUGGAUGACACGGAGGAGAACAUGCACCGUCCCACUGUGGAAAACCUCACCAAGAUCCUCGCCGUGUUCCUGGCAGAAUAUUUAGGCUUCUGAACACCAAAAAACAGCAGCCUUGGUGGACGUCUGCGCUUAGCGCCCACACGGCGGUCAUCUGAUGACCUCUGAUUACCUCUGCACACUUUCAUCCUGCACUGGACUCUUUAAAGGAAGUGAUGGUAACGCAGCCGCACGUGGAACCCGGAUUAAAUGAAGGUGAUUGAGGUCUGACUUGGAGCUCACGGACUCGUCCCCGUGGAGUCAUUUGCAUGAAUGUCGAUACGAAGAGUCUUAAUUAGUGCCGGCUAAUUAACACAC